AUGUCAUCGUCACCCCAAAACAAACCAUCAAACAUUUCCACAAACACCCCCACACUCGCAGAAAAUUACCCUAUACCAUUAUCGCCUCCACUUCCCGCAAUCUCAAAAGAAAUCGAACUGAACAGAGCCACAAUCGCUUCAUCAAACUCAAACCUCUUCUCCCUCUCAAAAAGCCACACCAUCUACGAAGACGAAUGGCUCCUCGCAGUCAACAAACCCCAAGGAAUCUACUGCGACAGCGUUCUUUCCUCCCUCCAAUCACAAAAAACCGCACCGCCGGAGCUUCAUCUCGCUAACCGACUUGACCGCGACACAAGCGGCGUCAUGCUCAUAACAAAAUCACACAAGGUAGCUUCAAAUCUCGUCAAAGCCUUCACCGAUCGCAAAGUCAAGAAAACCUACAUCGCUCUCUGCACCGGUGUUGCACCUAUUUGGGAAACGAUCACCGUUAGAUCCGGUCACGGUAGGUCAAAAUUCGGCGCAUGGAGAGUUUAUGGUUUUUCUGACGUCGGUCGCGGGUUACCGGGUGGUUCGCGUGUACGUGAAAUGGAAACUUCUUUCGAGGUUUUAUCUGUUAACGGAAAAGGGAGUUUUACGGAGGUGUGUGAGUCGGGGUUUGAAGGGAGGAGUGUGGUGGUUGUUGAAGAAAAGGCGGUGAAAACGGACGGUGGUGAUGAUGGGAAUGAGAUAGUGGUAAGAGCUUAUCCGAGGAGUGGGAGAACGCAUCAGAUUCGGUUGCAUUGUCAAUAUUUAAGGAUUUCAAUAAUUGGGGAUGUGAAAUAUGAAGGGGUUUGUGAAUGGAAAGGUAGGGUUCAUGAUGGUCAUCAUCUUCAUGCUGAAACGUUGUCGUUUGAUCAUCCUGUUACCGGUGUUCGUGUUACGGUGCAUGCGCCACUCCCACAAUGGGUGAACCAGGCGUUGUUGAAUAGUACUAACAUAGACACUGUUGGCUGA